GAAACUAAACUAAACGGCAAACGUACCGGGGUAAGACCGAGACCAAUACGCUGAGCAGUACGAAAUCAAGAGCCAGAGCUGGCCAGAGCAAGACCAAGACGACGAUCACGACUCAGCCAAACGUUAAAAGUCCAUUCCUUGAAGCCGACACAGAAGACCCAAGACAGAAGAGGAAGAACAAGUACAAGAAGAAGAGAGAACCAAACAGACUUACCACUUACACACUUAAAAUUGUUGCUCGUUUUUCUCUCUCAAACCAACGAAAAGAACCAGCAGCCAGCCAACCGAUACGACUCCCUCACCCUUACUCACACACUCGUUGAUAUUACACACAAACUUGUUCGUUCAGUAACAGAACAGCUUGCUGCCCUGCCUCCAGUAACUCAGUUACACUCAGUUCAGUUCAGUUAAGUUCAUUUCUUUAUACAUAUAAAGUUCUCGUCAGUUGCUUAGCGCGCCGCGCGCUCACGAGACAACAAAACUUGUUGUGGAAUUUAUUAUUUUAUGUUUCCAUGCCGGUUAUUAUAACAGAGUUUAUAUUUGUGGACCGAGAAUCAAAGUACACCGGGUUCAAUGUGGAUUUAAAAUUAACAGAAAAAAUAAAAAUGGUAAGAAUCUCAAGACUUAACUUUGGAGUUGAGUAACUACUCAGUCGCGUGCCACAAAUUAAAUUUAUCACUGUCUAAAUGUUAUCGUAAACAACAGUUACAAUUAUCAUUCAAGACCAUCUUCGUAUGGGUGACAAGUUUACCAAGUGGUUACUAAUAGUGAUAGUUUUAUAGAUAAAAAAAAAUAUUAUUUAUUUUUAAAAGUCCUGAUAAGUAGGAUCUGAUAAAUCGAAGCUUGGUUUUUACUGGUAAUAUUGUGGAGUUUAAUUGAAUGAGAAGAAGAUUGGAGAGGAAAAAAAUGGCUAAUUUUCGAGUGGUUUGUAGCUAAAAAAGCUGGAAAAGGCUGGCAAGUGAACUGCUGUGUGGGGCAAUACAUACAAGUGAUUCGUUUGUUCACUUACUUACUUACUUACUUACAUACAUAUACAUAUAUGUAUGUAUAUAUUUAUACGUUGGUUGGUUCGUGAUAGUUGGCCUCACUCUUGCAAGCAUUCAUGGGAGAAUAACCGAGUGGAACGGGGAGAGUAUAGGAGCUGAGCGAUACGACCAACAGUUGACCGGUCUCGAGAGGCGUGCGUGCUCGUGCUCGUUUAUUCCUAACAAUGGAUGAACGCAAAGCUAUCUUCUGAGUUCUGACACUCGGUUGAGAGAAAGAGUUUGUGGUGGUACUUUUACUGAUGCUCCUGAUCUGAUGCUGGAGAAGCUACCAAUACAGAGAUAAAACGGUAGUUUAAAUAAGUUUAAAGAAGAGAUAAUAGUUUUAAGAAAGACAAGGACAACAAGACCAAGAAGGAGAAGGAGAAAGAAGAUAAAAGGAGCGGAGGAGUGAAACAAAAAGACAGACAAGUAAUAAGAGAGAUUAUUGUACUGGUUGAUGGGAAUGUUUGCGACAGUGUGAUCAGUGAUGCCUAUUCUUGGAUAUAAUUUAAUCUCAUGGAACUGUAGCAAGUGGAUACUUGUGAUGAAUCAUUUUAUUUAAGUGAUUAUCAAGUCAUUUUUUAAAAACCCACGUGUUUAUUAAUUUAAAUACAAUUGAUGGAAAUAAUGAUGAUGAUGGUAAUGAUGAUGGUGUGUAAUAUGUUUUAUAAUUGAUUUAAACAAUUGUGUAAAAAUGAUGGCUUCGCCAGCAAGCCCUAAUUAUUCUGGUGGCCCUGUUGGGACAACAUCUCGUUGUAUUAAUUUGGAGUUUCCACCUCCACCGCCUUAUCCACCGCCGAUCGUUGCUAAUCAACUACAUCAACAUCACCCUCAGGUACAUCCUCAGCAUUCGUUACACCAACAUCAGGUGCAACAUCAACAGCAGCAGCUGCAUCAUCAGCAACUGCAAUUACACCAACAGCAACAUCAACAAUUGCAAUUACAACAACAGCAGCAGCAAAUUCAACAUCAACAACCGCAUGCUCAGCCGCAGCAGAUUAUUCAGGAUUAUUCGUAUGCUUGCUAUGAAGCCGGUCCAAGCAGCAGAAUCUCCCUCCUCUAUCCCCAUCAGUGUCCCCUAAUGGAAGAACCGUCAAAUCAUCAAUGGGCUUAUCACCUGCAGCGCCAGCCACCUGUUCGGGACCCAUCUAAACGACACACCUAUGUCACGCGAUAUGGAACCGAAGAAAAUAUCUACGAGGAAAUUUCCGAGAUCAGUAAGCAAUGCCGAUAUGGAUUGAGUGAUUCGCAUCGUUCAUUGGUCGCCGAGGAAGUUCGUAGAGUUCAGUCACGUCAUCGUCGAGUCCUUGGCGAGCUAAAUCUCAGCGUCGAGGCGAUGCUGAUGCCCACUACGGCUGAGGAUAAUGAGAAUGAGGAUGAUAAUAAUACGGCGAACGAAAAUGAAGAGGUCGAGAUGGGACGAUGCGCCGUUGGCAGCAACAGCAUUAACAGCAGCAUCACCAACAAGAGAAUUCCAUCCUCAGCAUUUUUAUCAUCCCAGUCCCAGCACCAUGAGGAUACCAUACCCUCGUCCCAUCAUUUUGUCGGCUGUGACCUGGACAGCGGUUUCAGUGGGAGUUCUAGCGCCAGCUACAGAUCAGGUCUCGGUUCGUUGAGAAGAGAAUGGGAAAAAUCGUCAAUAGCUUCGACCUCAUGUACAAAACUUAUCGGUAGUAGCCAUCAACAGAAUCGUAAAACAAAAGCGUCAAUGAUUUGGAGAAAAGGCUGGAAAGGAUGGAAAAAGUUACAAGUCUUUCAAACUAAAAUUUGUGAUGAGCCACGAUCGAGGUGUCAAUCUUGGGACGACGUAGGAUCUCCACCCAACAGGAUGGAGGCCGUUCUCAAGCGGCAGUCUCAGCAGCAACAGCAGCAGCAGCCGCUCGAGUCAACGAGUUCAAAUGUAUCCGCGCAUUCCGUUAAAAGUGAAGACUCCUGGUGCUCUGCCUCUGAUCACGAGCACUCGUCCGACGACGAUGAAAGUGAAAAGAGUAAUAUCAGUAUAAAAAGUAAUUGCCAAUUACGAAAUACCCUUCACAAAGCUAAAACACUCUGCGACAAAUGGAGAUCACAAAAUAUAAGACUGAGUAGUACGGGAGGCGGCAGUGCUGGUGUAGGUCCUGCUGUUGGGAGUACGACGGAAUCACUGGACUCGUCAGCGGGACAAGGACGAUUGUCAAGGUGGUUUAGCAUUCGUCGUGGAUCAACACAGCAGUAUGACGUUGAUUCCUCGUCCUCGGACACAUCUGCAGUGUCAAUAUGCAGUCCAAUAAAACAACAGCAGUCAUCAACGCCAAUGCACUCAUCACCGGUGGCACCAAUUGCCUCACCAAUGUCCCGACUAGUCGAGGUAGAGGAAGAGAGUUAUAUGACGGGCAAUAAUGCGGUAACGGCGUCAGCGGCAGCUGCUGCUAUAAUGCAAUUUCAAUGUAUGCACCACCGGCGUCAAGCGCCACCGACAUUACCACCGGCACCACCAAAUUUAACACCUCAACAGUUAAAACGACGUCACAUUGUCGCGGCUAUUGUACACUCGGAGAAUAGUUACGUGGCGACAUUGCAGAGGCUGGUAAAUGAUUACAAAAAACCACUUGAAGAAUCAUCUCCACCGGUUUUAAGUCAAAGUAAAAUCACAACUUUAUUUCAUCGUCUACCUGAGAUACUUCAGUGUCACACGCUCUUCCGAAUAGCUCUCGCAGAAUGUGUGCGCUCGUGGGACAAAGAUGAGAAGUUGGGUGACGUCUUUGUUGCGAGUUUCAGCAAAGCCAUUGUUCUUGACAUCUACAGCGGAUUUAUAAACAAUUUUUCCGUGGCGAUGGAUCUCGCUAAGCAGGAAUCAAAACGCAAAACGGCUCUUGCUGAUUUUUUUAAGGUAAAGCAAAUUAGUGCGCACGAUCGGUUGUCCUUUUUCGGGCUGAUGGUGAAGCCUGUUCAGAGGUUUCCACAAUUUAUUCUAUUUCUCCAGGAUUUACUGAAGCACACGCCUCAAGGACAUCACGACAGAAUGUCACUGCAGUUGGCGUUGACUCAAUUGGAGAGUUUGGCGGAAAUGUUGAAUGAGCGAAAACGUGAGGCUGAACAAUUUCAAGCUUUCAAAGAAAUGCUACGUCAUGUAUCCGGUAAAUUAGCUCACCGACCGCUUUCAUCCUCCUCACGUUAUCUUAUAAGAGAGGACAAUGUUACGCAAUUAGAAUUUAAUCAAAAUGGAAUGAUAACUAAAUCUAAAAGACGUAGAUUGUUAUUGUUGAAUGACUUGGUGGUCUGCGUAUCAGUCGCUCCGCGGUCUAUCGAGGACUUCUCAAGUAGCGAGAGACUUACACUUAAGUGGACGUAUCCGGUGUCCGACAUCGAGAUACAAGACACCAGUACCUCGCCGACAUUGAGUCGUUUACUUACCGCGGGAUUGAACAAAGGCGGCAGUUUGAAGUCGGAGAAAAAUUUCAGCAUCAAUGAGAGCAGCAGUCAAGCGGGUGCCGAUAGUCUUUGCGCGGAGAUGAACGAUCUGAUGCAUGACUAUGAGGUCAUGUCGAGGAUAAGUGAUUUAGUGACGCAACUCAAGGGAACCUAUGAGGGAAUGACAGUCGCCGCAACAAAACUUAUCCUACAGUCAAUCCAGUCGUCGAUUCAGCAGAAAGAUGAGGACAUGAUCUGGGCAGACAGCUGUUGUCUUCAGUUGAUGACUAAACAAGGACAGAUGUACACUUUCCAGACGGACAAUCCACUAGUCAAAAAAGAUUGGAUAACAGAGCUGAGAUUAGCUCAACUGGCUCUAGAUCCAAACAAUUCACCGUCAUGGGAAGUACCUGAACAAGAGCAAAGACCUUCAACAAAAAUGCCCCUGUUUGUUAGCUCACAGGCAGUCUACCACUCGCAAUAUAAAUCAGAAGUACGCUGUGGCUGCUACUACUCGACUCAAAAUUUGCGAGCUGUAAGACGAAGGAGUUCGCGAAAUCACGUGAGUUAUUUGUGGAUUUGUACCGGGGACGGAGUAUCCAGUCACGUCACGGUAUUUGGCCAGUCAACUUCGACCGCAUCUUCAGCUAUUUCACUGAAGAAAGUCAGCACUUUUGACCUAGUUGAGACCCGAGUUGCUGCUGUCGAGUUUAUCAAGGGCAUCGACGAUCCCGAGUCGUGUAAAGCCGGGGAUCAAGUAUGGAUGGGAACAGAUUCACGUAAAAUAAUUGUCUACUCGGCACCUGAACCGGAAAAACAAGAACAGCUUGGAAACUAUCCCGUCUCAGGAUCUGUUAUACAGAUAAAGUAUCACUGUGAUAAUGUCUUUGUGGCGCUUGGAAGUGGAUCAUUGCUGAUAUUCCGUCGUAAUGUUGAUGGCACCUGGAUGAUGACCGAACCCUCGGUGAUUUGUUUGGGUCCAGAUCCCGUGGCUUGUUUGAUGCCAAUAAAUAAUACCGUUUACGCAGCCUGUGGAAAAAAAGUAUGGGUACUAAAAGGAACCUCUGGGGAGGUAAUUAAAAGUUUCAGUGUUCAGCAUGAGCACGUUGGUAACGUUCACUUGAUGGCACACUCGGGAGUCGGACUUUGGGUUGCUCUUAAAAAUUCAAGCACCGUUUGUCUCUAUCACACCGAGACAUUCAAGCAUCUACAAGACAUAAAUAUCGCGUCUAAUGUUUUACGUGUCACCAAGACAUCUAUUUUAGAUCGUUUGUCCAAUUCCAAUACUUACGGAGACAAUAUUAAUAAUAAUCAUAACAAUAAUAAUAGUAAUAGUCAUAAUAAUCAUCAAAAUUCACAGAUGAAUGUCAGCGUUACGGCUCUUAUGGCAUGCAAAGGAUUGCUCUGGGUGGGCACUAAUGUCGGUAUCAGUCUUACUAUUCCUCUGCCACGACUCGAGGGCGUUCCUAUCAUCAGCGGACGUGUUAAUAUUUCUUAUCACGCUCACUUUGGACCUAUUACGUUUUUAUUGGCAAUUCAGAGCAACAAAUGCAGCGUCAAUUCAUCAAAGGAAGAGGAGCACGUUCAGUAUACGGCUAGUGACAAUAUUGAAAUAGAGCAGCAUCAGUUACGGCCGCACAACCGGCAAGACGAUGAAAUAACGAGGAAACGUCAAGAAUACCACCGGGCUAGUUUGAAUGAAUCAUCAGCGGCUUCAACGGCUUCGUCUUCCUCAUUUUCUUACAAUGUUGAUAAAUUGAAACAACAAUUAGCCGGUAGUCCAGUUGCUUUGAGACGUAAACGGAACAAGGAAAAUGAUUUUCGUGCAUCAAAAACAUUACCACGAGGAUUUGGUGGUGGUUUGUUAUCAAAUAAUCCAUCAGCUACCGCAUUAUUAUCAAAUUCAAUAGCAAGUUCACAGAGUUCCGGUGAAAAUUGUGACGUCUACGGUCUUUAUGGUGAAUUAAUGUACGUAAAAGAUUAUGAAAAUGACACUAAUUCUGGUAUAGAUCCAAUUUACGAGAGCUUGAGACGCAGCGAUCCUGAAUUGGCAGCUAUUCCUAAUAAAGUAAACACUCUGGACCGCAGACUAAAGAUGAAAAUUACGCGUCCGCGAUCACUUGACUUGUCCAACUGGUCAGUUGACUCUCAUGCCAGCUCUCUCUACACGUCAUCCGGCUCCGAGGAAAAUCUAUCAAAAACCGGUAAAUUAUCUCGAAACAGCAGCACAGCAAGUGGCGGCAAUACAACUGGUUACAAUCUCGAGCCUCUUAUUACCAGCAGUACUCCAAUCACCGGCACUGGCGUCAACGUAAACGCAAUGACUAUCAACGGAGGAAAUAGGGGUAAAGACAACACCGCAAAUCCACAGACGAAAAUGAAUACCGUGAAAAAAGCCAGCAAUACAAACAAACGACAGCAUCAAGGUAAAAUCCAGCAACAGGCGGAUCAACCCAAGCGAACUGUCCUGACUCUGAUGGGUGGACGUGGUUACGUUAACUGGCGACAGCUUAAUCCAGCGUCAGCUACACCUCAGCCGUUUAUCGGUGAAAAAAAUUCAAAGGCCAGCUACUCAUUUAAAGAACCCAAUAGCAAUGACGCUCAUAUCGUACUGUGGGAAAUGAAAUUGUGAUCGACGUUAUGAUUAAACCAAAUUAUUUAUAUCAAUUAAUUUAAUCAGCUCUUCAUUUUGGUGCUUAAUUACUGACGCAAAGUAUUUACAUUUUUUAAAAUCGUACGAAUCUCUUAUAUAUAUUUGUUUUUUUUUUUUUUUACCAGUUACUGAACGUACCAAUUUUUUUAGUAUGAAAUGUUUACCUGAUUGCAUAUAAUUAAUUUUCUGUGAAGAAUCUCGUGCCUCUUGAUAAAUAUUAACAUUAAAAAAAAAAUAAAUGUUAUUAUAUAUAUUGUAAUAAAUAUUUGAAUAGUUUAUUGAAGUAAUAAAGUAAUUAUAGUUAAGAUAUGUAAGAUACACUAAAUUGAGAGGACAAUUAGAGCCUCGCCAAAGAAAAUUAAUUUAUUAAUUGUAAUUGGUAUAUUAUUAAUCAAAUUAUUAUUAUUAUAUAUUAUAUAUAUAUAUAUAUAUAUAUAUAUAUAUUGGAUGAAUAAUUAUUAUUGCAUAUCAUAUCAAGUUGAAUUAAUGACGCAAGAUAGUAUAAGAAAAAUUGUUUUAUACACAUAUAUAUAUAUAUAAAUAUAUAUAUAUAUGUUCAAAUGUUUGCCUAACUGGUGCCAUUAUCAAUAACUUUUUUUUUUUCUUAAAAGUAUUUAAAAGAGUAUCAUUGUUCGAUAAAUUUAUAAAUUUAAUUACAAUUAAGUGCAAGUUAAUUAAUUUAAUUAAAAAUAUAUUGAGGGCAUCGUUGGGAUAUUACAGGCAUGUUCUUCCAUUCGGCCUUGUUAGUUUACAUAUAUAUAUUUAUAUAUUUAAGUAUGAUAAAAUGUUUAGAAUUUUUACAUUUUAUAGAAGUUGUCACUUAUUGAUAUUUGAUUAAAUUUAACACAAAAUUUAUUAAUUUUUUUUUCAUGACCGCCAUAGAUGACAAAAUGCCAUUUUGAUAAUCGCUUUUUAUGGGAACAAAGAGAAUACUUAACAGAAACUAUUGAUAUAAAUUGAAAUAUUGAUUACUGUCGAGUUAACGAGACGAAAAAAAUAGGACAUAUUCAAUAAUUGAUAUAAAAUUAGUUUAUAUUGAUAUAUAUAUUUAUAUGUGAUAGAUUAGUGGAAAUUAACGUCAGUUACCCAGCAGUGAUCAAAUUAAAUUGUAACUUUUUUUGUCCGUGGUCGGAUGUACCGCAAAAUUAUAAAAUUUAAUAAAAAUUAAUUAGGAAUUGUACAA